UUGAAAUCACGCAUAUCAGGGUUGCCAACGGCUUUAGUCUUUGGAGGCUCACAUGAAAAUUUUUUUGAAAGUUUCGCUCGUGAUUUAUCUGGAAAUCAUCAAAUUCGAGCCGUGUUGAUCGAUUCAACGCGCGUUUUAAAACUAGAAGACCUAUUAACUUACACAAUUAGACGUUUUCGAUAUGAAAAUGGAUAUUCUUCUAUAGAUGGUUGUGAAAACAAUAAUGAAAUAAAUUAUAAUGAUGAUGAAGAAACAGUUAAAGAUGAGGAAGAAAUAAUAGAAGAUUUCAUUGAUGAAAAUCAAUAUGACAAAAAUAUUGAUGAUGAUAAUAUGUAUUUAGAAGAGGAAAUUGGCGGAAGUAAUGAUGACACUCCUCUUUCAAUCGAAAAUGUAAUUGAUAUUGAAUCUUUGGUACAAUGGUACGAUAGUAAUGCCAAAAUAUCCGGUCUUAGAUCUUUACCGAAGUUGGUUAUCGUGAUUUACAAUUUCGAUUUAUUAGAUCCCGUGAUAAUGGAAAAAUAUAUUUAUAUCCUCAAUGAAUAUAAAGAUCGAAUUCCUAUUGUAUUACUAUUGGGAAUUUCCUCAGUAUAUAGAGGCGUUGAUGCUAUUCAUGAGAGAUAUUCGUAUUCUGUGGAACGCUUGCUUAAGUUCAAAGAGUUUUAUUUGUCAGAUAGUAUACACGAUUUUGAUGAACUCAUAACUAGGUUCUUCAUCUGUAAUCAUUUUGGGGUCAAAGUCGGUAUAAAAGUAUAUAAUUUUCUAAAUGAUAUAUAUGGACGACUCAAAAUUUCACUUAAAUAUUUUGAACUUUCUAUCAAGCAUAUUAUAAAUUACUAUUUCUACUCGAACCCCUUAAGUAUACUUACAACUAUCGAUCUGGAAAAUAUUUCACCAAGAAUUAGCUUAUUGAAUGAAUAUCAUGUGGAAAUGAUACGUGUGCAACUUUCAUUCAGAAGAUUUGUGGAGAAUUUCAUUAACGAGCACGAUCAGCCAGAGAUCGCACGUUGUUUACUUGAAGAUGAUAAUUUUGUCAAAUCUAUAUUACCAGUCAUUUUGCGAGACAUGAGAAAUUAUCAUCAAAAUUUCGCCGUAGCAUUUGAAAUUGUUCAUAGUUUGCAGAGAUAUGUUGAUCCAAAAUUAAUUAAAGCAAAGUAUGAAUUAUAUUCUUACGCGUUAAAACAUCCUGGUUUGGGCGAACACAAGCAUGUUCAGUAUUUGCUAUACGAAUUUAAAAAACUGAAGUCACAAGAGCUUAAACACUUCCUCAACCAUUUUCAAAACGUUCUUGAACAAAAUCUUGAAAAGGCAGAAUGUGCAAGGUCAGAAAUUCAAAAAUUACGUGAAUUUCAUGAACGAUUAGAACAGAUUGAGGCUUUAUCACAACAUUCGAUAAGAUCACCAAAGAAAAUUAAAAAGCAAAAAAGCUCUACUUCUGAAAUAUACAACACUUCCAUACCAAAAUCGGAUAUAUCAUCUUCAUCUUCACAAGAAUUUACCGAUCAAUUUACUAAAUUGAUUACUAGCAUCUUCGAAUAUUUACAAGUUUUUUUCAAGGUAAAACUUCGUCAUUAUUCAACAAAUACCCUUUAUGAAAUUUUUUACUGGGAAGAAUCUCAUUCUCUUGAAAGUUUAUUUCUCCCAGAAAUUCGUAAAUCGAUUGUUACGGCGCUUAGAAGACCAAAACAAUAUCUCAAUUGUAAAUGUUGUCCUGAUGAGUCUGAUGACGAUGACGAUGAAAUAGACCCUGCAGGAAAAAUUUUAUAUACUCAAGAUGAUAGAUGUAUAUUAUAUAAAUUACUUGUAGGGUUCGGUAAAUUUAUUCAUACAGAUGACUUGUUAGAAAGUUUUGAAAAUAUUAUAAAGAAAGAGAACAGAGAUAUUACAAAUGAUGAAACAAAGUAAGUUAUUAUUACUUAUUAUUUUAUAAAAAAAAAAAGAAAUAACGUAUACUAUUUGUGUUUAUGUUAUAUUAGGGAAAGAUUUUACAAAGCUACUGAAACGCUUAAAAUUAUUGGAGUAAUUGCUGAUGCUGGAAAGAAAGGUUACAUAAGAAAAAUGAUUUGGGGAAAUUUUUGAACAAGACGAAAACUAAAUUUGUCUUAAAUAUGUCUAUUAAACACAAAUGUAUAAAAAUUGAGGAUUUAAAAUUAAACAUGAUCCUAAUUCAUUUAAUACAAUAUUAAAAUUAUUAAACAAAAAUAAAGUAUCGAUAAUUAAA